AAUAUAAUUUAGUCGGGAUCGAAAUUCUGACUUUCUAACACAACGACGAGGAAAUUCGACCGAGAAUCGGUGAAAUGGAAAUACAGUUUUCAGGAAAAAGAGCUCUUGUCACUGGUGCAGGAAAAGGAAUUGGAAGAGCUAUUGCAAAGAAGCUUGCGGAAUGUGGAGCAGAAACAAUUGCUUUGAGUCGAACCAAGGCAGAUCUGGAUAAUCUACAGAAAGAGGUUCCCCAGAUCCUUACUGUACAGUGUGACGUGGUGGACUAUGAAGCCACACGGAAAGCUAUCCUUGACCUUGGUCCAAUCCAUCUCCUGGUCAACAAUGCCGGCAUCUCACGAAUAGGCAACUUCCUGGAUUUCCCCAUGAAAGAUUUUGAAGAUGUUUAUAAUGUGAACACGAAGGCAUUGUUUAACAUUUCUCAGGUUGUAGCUAAGGGUAUGGUAGAAAGAGGACAAGGUGGCUCCAUAGUAAAUAUUUCUAGUGUGGCAUCUAGUCGGGCUCUCGAUGAUCAUAUUGCCUACUGUUCUAGUAAAGCUGCAGUGGACUCCAUGACUAAAGUGAUGGCCCUGGAGCUUGGAAAGCACAAGAUCCGUGUAAAUAGCGUAAACCCUACCGUAACCUGGACAGAUAUGGCAGUGUAUGCAUGGAGUGACCCAGCCAAAUCAGCACCCAUGUUAGCCAAAAUCCCAAUGGGAAAAUUUGUAGAGGUAGAGGAUGUGGUUAACACAGUUUUGUUUUUAUUGAGUGACAAAAGUGCCAUGACAUCAGGACAACAUAUCGUACUGGACGGAGGGCUGUCUGUCUGGUGAUCGUCAUCUACCGUGGGACAUUCAUGGAUGACCUUGAAAGUUCGACUUGUAUUUACUAAUCAGCACACCUGUUAGUAACCGGAAAAAGUUACGUGAUUGACAGCACAAAUUUACAGAAUCAUUGCAAGUAAUUACAUGUAUGUUGAUUGAUGUUAAUCAUCAAAAGGAAUUAAGGAUGACAUUGCCUCUCCAUGAUGAUGGACCGUGAUAGACUUGAUCUUUUGUUAUUUUGUUGAAUAUAAUGAUUGUUGAGAAUAAUGAUCUUUGUUGAUGAUUGGUGUAAUGAUAACAAGUUCAUAUACAUGUAUAUAUAGUAUAUUUAUUAUGUAUGCAUAAAAUAGUACAAGCCAAA